GACUGAGACUGGGUGACUCAGGGGAGGACUGUCGGUGUGUGAGACAGAACCACGGACAGGUGGAAUCAGUGAGAGAGAGAGAGAGAGAGAGAGAGAGAGAGAGAGACUCGCUCCCUCCCUCCCCUCCAGUCGCAUUCUUCAGUCCGAAGGAGUCGGCAGGGGGAUACUGAGUGGGACAGGGACAGAAAUGCAGACGCAGACAACGGGGAGAGGGACCCCGCAUUACUAGGGGGGACAGAGAGGCUCGCAGGGGCUCCGAGACUCACUCACGGACUGACAGCAAGUGAGAGUGGCAGUUCCACGAGCAGAGCACAAGAAAGCCAGGAUUCUGCUCUGAGCUGCCAAGCUACGCGACAGACGGGCAGACAGACUAACAGGAGAGACAGACUAGCAGACUGGAAGCUGGGGGCACACUGGCUUCCCUCCGCGAGCCCAGGAGAGGAGGCUGCGGCGACACCCCCUGAGCGCAUCGGAAGCAGGAGACCAGCGGGGGCAGCAGGGUCGCCUGCAGAAGCUACCACAGUCCGGAGAAGAGCCCAGCCAAACGCUGCAGAAAGCUCCUGUGAUCAACAGUUAAAUAAAUCGACCAAAAACCAAACUAAAAAAAAAAAAAAAAAAAAAAAAAGCCAAGCCAAAACAAACAGUUCCAGUCACAUCGUUGCGAAACAAUUAUAUAUCUAUUAAUAAACAAAAACUAACUAAAUCAAUCAAGACACCAGGACGCUGGGGGGAUAUCCACAUUUCAGUCAAGGUUGACGAUGUGUCAAUUUGUGUAAGGCAGUCGCAUAGAGAUGGACGUUCUGAACUGUUAAUGGGGACAUGGGACUCCAGUUGUCUCUGAUCACUGGUGUGGAUUUCCCUGGUGUAGAACGACAGAAGCUGCUAGUAAAUCGCCAAGCCCUACAGCAGGAAUUUUACACAAAAGGGAAUCAAACCUUGCUAAUUUAAUUUGUGUUUGGGAGAAUGUCGGAGCAAGGAGAUCUAAAUCGGGUGAUAGUGGAAGAAAGUGGGACUGAGCAGGAAACAGCCACUCCAGAGAAUGGCAUCAUUAAAGCUGAAAGCCUGGAUGAAGAGGAGAAGCUGGAAUUGCAGAGGCGGCUGGCAGCUCAGAACCAAGAAAGAAGGAAAUCCAAGUCAGGAGCAGGGAAAGGAAAACUGACUCGCAGUCUUGCUGUCUGUGAAGAAUCCUCAGCCAGACCAGGAGGCGAAAAUCUACAGGAUCAGGAAUCAAUCCAUUUACAGCUUUCCAGUUUCCCCAGCCUUCAAGAGGAUGAUAAAUCUAGGAAAGAUGACUCUGAAAGAGAAAAAGAAAAGGAUAAAAACAAAGAUAAAACCUCAGAAAAACCCAAGAUCAGAAUGUUAUCGAAAGAUUGCAGCCAAGAAUAUACAGAUUCUACCGGCAUAGAUUUACAUGAGUUUCUGAUUAACACACUAAAGAAUAAUUCCAGGGACAGGAUGAUACUCUUGAAAAUGGAACAGGAAAUCAUCGAUUUCAUUGGUGACAACAAUAAUCAUUAUAAGAAAUUCCCUCAGAUGUCAUCCUACCAGAGGAUGCUUGUCCACCGUGUAGCUGCCUAUUUUGGGUUGGAUCAUAAUGUGGAUCAAACAGGGAAAUCUGUCAUCAUCAACAAGACCAGCAGCACAAGAAUACCAGAGCAAAGGUUUUGUGAACAUUUAAAAGAUGAAAAAGGUGAAGAAUCCCAGAAGCGGUUUAUCUUGAAGCGAGAUAACUCUAGUAUUGAUAAAGAAGACAAUCAGCAAAACAGAAUGCAUCCAUUUAGAGAUGACAGACGAAGUAAAUCAAUUGAAGAGAGAGAAGAGGAAUAUCAGAGAGUGAGGGAGAGAAUAUUUGCACACGAUUCAGUUUGCUCCCAAGAAAGCCUUUUUGUGGAAAACAGUAGGCUCUUGGAAGACAGUAACAUAUGCAAUGAAACCUAUAAGAAAAGACUGCUCUUUCGGAGCAACCGAGAUGGCUCAGGGAGGACAUCUGGGAGCCGACAGAGCAGCUCGGAUAAUGAACUCAAAUGGUCAGAUCACCAAAGGGCCUGGAGUAGCACGGAUUCUGACAGCUCUAAUCGUAAUCUCAAGCCCACCAUGACCAAGACGGCAAGUUUUGGGGGCAUCACGGUGCUGACCAGAGGUGAUAGCACAUCCAGUACCAGGAGUGCUGGAAAGCUGUCCAAAGCAGGUUCUGAGUCUUCCAGCAGUGCAGGCUCCUCAGGAUCGCUGUCCCGCACCCACCCGCCUUUGCAGAGCGCACCCCUGGUCUCAAGCAUGGUGGCCAGUUCUCCAGGCUGUGUGUCUUAUCCAGACAAUGGGAUGGGAGGCCAGGUGGCACCCAGCAGUACCAGCUACAUCCUCCUCUCUCUGGAAGCUGCAGCAGGCAUCCCACCAGGAAGCAUCCUUCUGAAUCCACACACAGGCCAGCCCUUUGUGAAUCCUGAUGGAACCCCGGCAAUAUACAACCCUCCUACCAGUCAGCAGCCCCUGCGCAGCCCUCUCGUGGGGCAGUCCCAGCAACCACCACAGCAACAGCCCUCACCUCAGCCACAGCAACAGGUCCAGCCACCACAGCCUCCGAUGGCCAACCCUCUGGUCACUCAGUCUGUCCAGGGGAUGCAGACUUCCUCCCAGUCAGUGCAAUACCCAGCCGUCUCCUUCCCACCCCAGCACCUCCUGCCUGUGUCUCCAACGCAGCAAUUCUCCAUGAGAGAUGACGUAGCCACACAGUUCAGCCAGAUGAACUUGAGCCGGCAGUCCUCAGGAGAGACUCCAGAGCCCCCAUCAGGUCCUGUCUAUCCAGCCUCCCUCAUGCCACAGCCAACCCAACAGCCUAGCUAUGUCAUUGCGUCUCCAGGCCAGCAGCUUCCUGCAGGGGGGUUCUCAGGCUCUGGGCCUCCCAUCUCCCAGCAAGUCCUGCAGGCUCCUCCUUCACCACAGGGAUUUGUUCAACAGCCUCCACCUACACAGAUGUCUGUAUACUAUUAUCCAUCUGGCCAGUACCCUACCUCAGCCACACAACAGUACCGCCCCAUGGCCUCAGUGCAGUACAGCGCUCAGAGGGCUCAGCAGAUGCCACAGACAGCACAGCAAACAGGUUACCAACCAGUCUUAACUGGCCAGCAAGGGUUCCAAGGCCUAAUAGGAGUGCAGCAACCACCUCAGAAUCAGAUGAACAACCAACAAGGAACUCCGGUACAAAGCGUGGUGGUCUCCUACCCAACAAUGUCUUCUUAUCAGGUGCCAAUGACCCAGGGUUCUCAAGGACUGCCUCAGCAGUCAUACCAACAGCCAAUCAUGCUACCUAACCAGGCAGGUCAAGGCUCACUCCCGGCUGCUGGAAUGCCUGUUUACUGUAACGUCACACCUCCGAGCCCUCAGAACAACCUGAGGCUGAUUGGCCCUCACUGCCCCUCCAGCUCCGUCCCUGUGAUGUCAGCUAAUUGUAGGACAAACUGUGCAAGUAUGAACAACUCCGGGUGGCAGGUCAAAUUCUGAGAGCUCAGGCUGAGGUCCACUCCCUCAGCUGUUACGCAUGGCCUUUAAAGGAAGAGGAGCGAGGUGGGAAAACUGACCGCAGACUUAAAGUAUUCACUCAAUGCUCAAAUGUAUGCUGCUGGUAUUCUGUUAAAAAAAAAAAAAAAAGCAACGACUAACACACACUUUAGUUGGUUAAUGGUGCAUAAUUCUGUCAUGUCUGCUAGGUAUGCCUUUAUAGCUUAGCUAGUGACAUGAAUUCAUCAAGGUAAGAUUUUCUCCUACCACUGAAUACCACUGUGUAGAUCAUAAUAUCCCUAACUUGGAUUAUUAGUUUUGUACUUUGUGUUGAGUUUGUGAUGCUAAAAGAAAAGUAUUUAAAAAUUAUAUACUGAAAUCACAUUGUACCAAAGCUAUAAUGGAAAACAAAAAAAGACUUGUUGAAUGGAAGGAACAAUUUAUAUACACUAUAGAGUUUUCUUUUUUUAAUGGAUAUAUACUGUAUUGUAGUGUUUAAUCAAAAUAAAAUUAUCUGACCUUACAGACGAAGGUCACGUUUUUA